CUAAUCUCCAUCAUUUAAUCUUUAAAUAGCCUUUUAUAAACUAUCACAAAAAAAAACUUCUUUUUCAAAAACUUUGCAUAAAAAUCUUCUCUGCGAACUAAUCCCAAAUGGCGGCGUUUUCGAUAGAUAACCUUCUUUCAAAACCUUUUGAGACAACCGAAAUCAAGCCAAAUUUGGCGGAGCUCAAUAAAAUUUCUCCAGCGAUCGACGAAAAAAUUUCUCCAGCCGGAUCCGAAAAAUUGAGCCCACUAACACUCUCAACUGCGGAUUCGAACUUCAGACCUGGCGCUACGAAUUUGAUGUACACAGCAACUUCUAGUCUAUUAAACCCUGCGUUCCACUCACUCUACACGGCUGCUCAUUUCCAGUCUGGAUUCCUACCCAGUGCACCUCAUCCGCCUCCUCGGUUCUCGUCCGGAAUUGCCGAACUGACUUCUAGUUUACGACUCAAGUCGGCUAACAUGACAAUGGCAUCGCCUAAUAUAAGCACUUCAAUGUCAGGCUCCUGGUCCGAACAUGAACAAGAACAAGUGACUCCAGACAAGAACGAUUGCAAGGUUUCAAUGAAUCGCGAAGAGAUUCUUUCUGAUUUGGGCGACGAAAUUGAAGAUCUGGAGGAAGAUGAAGAUUCCUUGACGCGUUUCAACUCGACCUCUGGAUCAGAAGAGAAAGACAAAAACAUGCCAGAGCCCAGAAGAAUGCUUAUAAAAGACACGAAUGGUCAGAUUAAGGAGUUGAUCUUCCCGCGUGGACUAGACUUGGACCGUCCGAAGAGGGAGAGGACUUCGUUCACACCUGAGCAGUUGUUCCGACUGGAGAAGGAGUUCUCACUCAACCAGUACAUGGUGGGCAGGGACAGGGGUCAACUUGCAACCUGUCUGGGACUCACCGAGACUCAGGUGAAAGUGUGGUUUCAAAACCGAAGAACGAAAUACAAGCGAGAAAAACAGCGCGAGCAGGACACUAAAAAAUCGGACAUGGACACUUUGGCAGCUUGUAGCAUGUUCAAAAUUCUCGAACAAUCAACCGGACAAUACUACACGGCAAGCGGACCUAGACUCUUUGCUACUCCUGCCCCCAACACAAACUCUACAGCAGAUCCCUCCGCUACCAGCUGCAAAAACGCCACAAACUCUGUGGUCACAAACCUACACUCCAAAUACCCGAACACAAUCGCAACUAGUGGAGGAUUUAUUGUGCCACACUCAAUGGGCCACUCACUUUCGAAUCAAAUGGCUGCAAGUUCACUGGGAAAACUGAAUCAGGCUGCGGCUAACCCUUCGAAUAACUGGUCGGCAAUGCAUGGCUCUUUCAUGCCCUCGUCGCUUUACUGGGUGGGAACGGCCAACUAAACUAAAUUGGACUGAGCGGAUAUUAACCGUUGAUUAAAUGAAAAACAAAACUGAUCACAAUUUUUAAAGUAGAUUGGACGACUUCUCAAAAUAUCUGUAUAAAAAAGUU